AUGAGAAACUGGAGGGAACUCGGAGAGGUACCAGACUCGGACGACGACAACUUCGAUGACGACGACUACAGCGACCUCGAGAUUCCUGACCUCGACCUCGGAACUAGUACCUCGACAGACAUACCUGCAGAUGCAGCAGCGACUACAGCCGUAGCCACCACAACGGUUGAACAACGUGCUGCCCAACCCCAGAAAAAUGGUGAUAUUUGGGACUUUCCAGGCUCCUCGCCGGCCCCCGCGUCGUCUUUUGUUUUCCAAACACAAAAACCAUCAUCACCGAUAGCGAAGCCAGCCCCCAAACCGAAGCCGAAGAUUCCAAUACCACUUCCUACCGCUCCGAACGAUGGAACCUACCGAAGGCUUGAACCAGAGCACUCGCAUGAGUCUACCGAGGCCACUACGAAUCAACAAGAGUUCUUGGAGGACGAGAUAUCUACUGGCUAUGUCCGAGUGACUACAUCGUCCUCUCUUUCGCCGCUUUCUUCGCCUCCGAGCAUCCUUUCCAGGACGCCAACCCCACCCGGAUCCCCGUUACGGUCCCAUGCCGCUCCCAGUUCGCCACAAAACCGCGAAAUACCGGCAGAUGAUGGCGAUGAGCUGGCCCGGAGAACUGCUGUUCGGCUGGAGCGCUCUUUGAGACCACGAAAACCUAUUCAGCAGCACCCAUACAUGAUUGAAAAUGUCCGGUACACAAGUUUCAUGAAGUCACAUGGCGUAAAACCCAUCAGAGUUGAACAGGCGUCCCAAUCAGCCCGGAGGGCCGCCGACGAGGAUGAUUCUCAAGAGCAGGAGUACCAAGCUGAGGAGGACAGUCAGGAGGCCAGUGGACGAGGUCUGCUUCAAGACACCGAAGAAAGCGGCCCCUUAUUGUUUGACAAUGACAACGAUGAACUGGCUCUCUCUCCUUCUACAUCAAAACCGUCUCCAGCCCACCACUUGCGGACUAGUAGUCAGCAAACCCCCGGCACACAGACGGACGCCACCAGCCUUUCUAAUGAUGAGGAAUUUCCGCCUCUGGACAGGCUUCAACCAGGCCCGAGGAAAAGGGGUCGGCCACGGAAGCUUAAACGUCAACUCUCCGGCCAGUUGUCUGCCAGGAAAAGGCUGAGGACUGUGCUGGACUCAUCUCCUGGAUCUUCACCUCAGCGGAGAGUGGUUCCACCUAUCAUUCUGCCGCCUGUCGUCUAUGAUGUAUCAUCGUCUCCUCCAGACAUUAACAAUAGAUCUAGGACCCGUACUCAAGCCCCCGGCUCUCCAAUCAUGAUCAACGAGGAUGACGAGGGCGAAGGCAGCGAUGCUGAGUCAGUUCGCUCCCGGCACAGCUCUGACAGUGACUCCGAUGUGAUUCGCGAGACCAGCAAAAGAAUUCGCGGGGUUCUUCCAGCCUCGUGGUUGAGGUUGAAUCAAGCAAAUAAUCAGCAGAAACCUGCUCGACAAGCACGACGAAGUCCUGAACCUUUGGUUGAGCAGCCAUUCAGGAAGGGCGUGGCACUCCCGAAACCAAGUACUCAAAGUGGACCGCCUGUAUCAACACAGUUCCCAUUAUUCGAUGACUCGGAUGAUUCGGAUAGCCCGCCGGCUCAGAGACCUACUUUGACAACGGAAAGGUCCUUGUCAGAUACCGAGAAUGUGUUGAUCAUCGAAGAUGAUGCAGGUUCCGUGAUUGAGGAAGAUUUUGUCGACUGGAUGCUUCCCGGCAACAAGAGGCGAUCCGGUUCUUUCAACACGUCCAAAAGGGCAAAGAAACAGAAAAGCACGACUGGAAAGUCUGUUUUCAAAGGGCUUCCUGGUCAACAUAUGCGGCAGCCCAAAAUUACGCAGGCUCUUGGUCCAUCGAGAUCCUCACCCUCAACAUAUUCCAAAAAGGCGUCGGCGAAGCGAAGACGGGAAGGAAAUGCUACUUCAGCGAAACACAGCACUCGAAAAAGGGCAGCAACACCGCCCUUGCUCAGUAUUCUCGAUGUUCUAGAACCCGAUGCUCCCAAGUUUAUCAAGAUAGCUGCACGUGCUGUCCGCAAAAGGCCAGACCUCGGAAAGGAUAGUCCAACACAGAAGAGUAUCCGCUUGGCCAACCGCAGGGACAAUGUUGACGCACUGUCAACUCUUCAGGAUUGGAAGUCUGGUAAGACAAAGCCUAGGGUUACGGCUCCGGUUGUAAGUCGAGCACCGCGACCGAAGCCCAGGCCAGCCCUGAGAGAAAUCUCGAAAAACCCAACACCUAAAAGACCCCCUGCCUCUGGUACCUCUGUUUCUCGCAAGUUGAUCAGGCAAAGUGGUUUUGACUCAUUCGUCACGGUGGAAUCUAUUCCAGCACCUCGUGAGCUAGCUCGAACACCCUCCAUCUCUCGACCCAAACCGCCACCAAGGAAAAAUGUGCCAGAUCGCGAGCCACAGUUCCGACCCGCCCAGUUGGAAGAAGAUGAAGAUGAGGAUAAACGACAGCGACUAGCGGCCAGAAAGCGGAAACUUGAUGCCUACUACAGAAGAGCUGGGGCUGUGUUGAAUCUACCAGCAACGGAUGGGCUUGGUGGGGCCUUGGGUGCGGAUUUCACACUUCAAGAGCUGGCCCAUCAAAGUGAAGAUGAGACAACUGUUCCCGAACCUGCUCCUGCAUCAGCAAGAACGCCUAAAAAGAGCUCAAAGUCGAGGUAUCGGAAAAGGCAACGGCCGCAACAAAUCGAUACAGAAGCUCCCCAAUAUACCCUUGCAAAUGAUCCUUUACCUGCUGCUUUCGCCGUUGUUGAACAGCAACAGCAGCAGCAGCAGCAGAUUGAUCAGGCGGCGAACAAGCUUCAGGGGUUGGGUCCAUAUGGCAGUCAUUAUACCCAGCACUUUGACAUCUUCCCGCUUGACAUGGGUGUGUUCUUCCAUGAGAGCACACUCUUCGGCCGUGGAUUUGUCCGAAAAGCAGUCGAGCCUUCACUAGCUGAGAGGAUCCGCCACCAAAAGGCCUCCAUCUGUUUCGUUUUUGACCAGCAGACGCUCAGGUGGAGCAUCUGGAACGAUCAGACCUCGUCGGAACUCGGAAUAUUGGUCGAUUGGGUUUCUGACCAGCUGGCAGCUGACCCGGCGGAAGCUGUUUUGGACAGGCAGAAGCCAAUUGAGGCAGCUGAUUUCAUUGUCAGGUACAUCUUGGAGUCGAUGAGCAUUGACGAUGAGCUUCGAGAAAAGGCUUUUGUGUCGAGAUGUCUGGAAGUAUUCAGCAGCUUCGUCACUCGGUGGGGGUCUGUCAACCUGGGCGAUGUCCCUGGCCGAAACAAGAUCGAUAGCGUAGAGGUUGCAUCUCGCUUUUGUGUGGCAUUGCUCGCGGUGCGCUCGAUAUCCCGGGCGGGUGUCAACUUGAUGCAGGCUAUGAAUGUUGAGGAUCUGCUCAAGAAGUUGGCUUCGGCCACUGUGACGCGUCUUUUGAACCUUGGGUUAGAAGACUUGCGGGACCUAUAUGGUGACUUACAGCGUCUUUCAUUCAGGGAACGCGGUGUCCGAUCGGACCGUGUCCUCGUCCAUUGUUGGGUGGUGUUGAUGAGAGUGCUGGAGAACGCCAAUAUUCCAAGAAGUGGUUUCUGGGAUAUUGUCCACGCUGCCCAGCUCAGCAAUGGGGCGGCUUCCGGUCAGGAUGCGCAAGCCUUUGAGACCCUUUGGCAGGACAUGUUUACCUUGCUGCCGCUGACUGAGAUUAACGAUUCCGGUAUUCUCAUUUCUGGCAUGAGAAAGACAGCCCCUAUCGAGGGUUGGCUACUGCCUCGCAAGCUCAUGGACCGCGUCUUUGGGCUGUACAAGUCGAACCCUCGACAGCCACCCAGCUUCAACGAGUACUGCCGCGCUCUUGUGGCCAGAUGUCACUUCCUGGUUCAGCAAUGGGGUUGGCGGAAGUGUACUACUAUCAUUGGCACAAUCUUCGACUUUUUCGGUUCGCAAAAUUUGGAGAACCUCAGGAACGAGGAGGUGUACAAGUCUCCACAGUUUUUGGAGGAGCUUGAUCGCAGUCCUUCACUCAUGAUAGAGCCAGAAGACCGGUGCUUUCACAUCUUCAUCAAGCUGCUGGCCUUGGCUAUUCAGAGGCUCAAGCAACUUGAACGGACAAACGAUAUUAGGAAUCUUGUGGCCAGGACGCUGCCGAACCAUAACCGACAGUACCUCAAGGAAUGCACAAUUCACCAGCAUGAUCUCGCUGCUCUCCGCAACCAUCACGAUCUCCUCUGCACCCUGUUCUGGGUUGCCCCGCCAGAUCUACGGCCGGGUGUCCAUCUUAUCGAGAAGCUGGUCACUCCAGCAAGCGCUCACAAGGAGGCUUGCUUGAUUAAUGUUCGGGCCUGGAACCAGCUUGCUCGGUUCGUGAUAGCCAAGAAUGAAGGCCGUGCAGCAUUUGAGCCGUUCAGGUCGUGGCGGAACAACGUGUUCAACCAAAUCCUGGACCAGUAUCUGUCGGCGGCCUCGGAUAUUGAGCAGCAAUUCCGUGACCUGUCGAGCGAGAUGAUGGCAGGUAUUACAAAAGAGAUGAAGGAUGAGAUGAUUGCCAAGAACAAGACUACGGCGUUGGAUGUGCUGUUUGUUUGUCUCAAAGCCUCGCUGGAUGUUUUGCAGCGGGCUCCUUCGCUGGAGGCAGCGAUUUACGGGUUGAAUACACCGCAAUUACAAAAAACAUUCACGAGCCUCGACUUCCAGUCUCCUGGCGUUGACUGGGGCAUUCUGCGUGUGGCUAUCGACACCCUCGACCACUUCAUGGGCCGUAUUGAUGAGGCGUCCGAGGAGCACUACUCGAGCGACUUUAUGGAAGCAGAGAACGCAGACAGUGGUCACGUCGAGGAGGCUGUGUUGUGGAUCAACGAGAACUUGACAAGAGACUUCUUCUGGAUGACCCGCACCGUCAUGGGCCUCCCUCAACCAAAGUCUUUUGGGAGACAAACAAAACAGGCAUCCUGCGUCGAAAAGGUCGUGACCGUUGGGGCAAGGGUUGCUUCCCGGCUCGUCAACAACCGGGUCACACCCCUUUCGGCUUACUUCAUCCCUGGGAAACACUCGAUGUUUUCCGACCUGCCCAAGAGGUUGAACACCCAGGACAGAAAGUACCUGCCCCUGUUCAUCGCCACCCUGCUCAAAAACUCCAUCUUUGACUUUAAGGACCUCGGCCUCAGCAUGCUAGGGUUAUGGGUUCUCUCAGUCCUCAAACCCCACAGGUUCCUCUGCUACGAGAACUACCUCGCCGAGGUCCUCAAGACCCGGGGCUUCCCCUUCCUCGAACGGAUCGCCGUCUCGGUCGGUUCCUCGCCAAACUACAACGCCAACCUAGAUUACUUUGCCGUUGCAAUCCACUACAUGCGCAAGACCCUCCGAGAAGCCGGGCUCCAAAAAGCCAAAGAACAUCGCGAGGAGUUCUCCAAGAUCCUCCAGUUGGCUAUGCAAAAAAUCAAGGAAGACCUCGCCUUUCUCCGUCUAGACAACAACAACAACAACAACAACAACAACAACAGCCAGCAAGAACACGAGCGGUACAUCUCUUUUGUUCGACAGGUGAUCUCUCUGAUCAAAUCCCACGGCGUGGGGAUCUGCCCCCCGGAUCAGUUUUUUACUCAGCCAAGUCUGGAUUACUCGCCUGGCUUGCAGGAUCCCCAGUUGCACACCGCCGGUAUCAUUGCUUAUGGUGUGCGGCUAGGAGAGAAGGAUUCGACUGCGGUGCCGCAGCUGUUUCAUUACCUGUGGAAUAAUUUCAAGGUUGCCAUUGGGAAUAACAGGCUUGAGUCGGAGGCGACGAUUAUCGCCAGGGCAAUGACUGAGAAUGGGCAUGUUCGGUCGUUUAUGCUGGAGUUUAUGCUACCGGCUGUUGUGCAGGCUGCUUGUCAGGAGGGCAACAGUUGGGUUUUGCUUGAGGUUUAUGUCACUGCGCUGGGGGGUAUCCUUUUGCCAGAGGGGCCCGGUUGUGCGAGGGAGCUUACGGGUGAUGAGGAUAUUUCUCACGCGAUCACACUUUUGGGAUCGUUGGUGAAGAUUGUCAAGUCGUUAUCUAGCCAGACAAGACUUGACCAGCGGCAUGUUUUGGCUGUGCUGCUCAGGCUGGCUAAUAUGCUCAAACCUAGCCUGGUUUGUUACUUGUACAACUCGGCCAACUCAGCUGACGAGUUGGGGGAGGUGAUGGAGGAGCUGGAUGAAACAUUAACAACCCUUACCUCCAUGACCACUUCCCCGAUGGGCUCAACAUCGGUGUCGUCCUUGACAGUUGGGAGUAACCCGAGGGUAGGGAUGUUCAGCAAGCAGAUCGUCCACGACGUGAGAAGGGACUGGGUGGUGGUGGGGGAGGGGUUUGUGGAGGUGAAGAUGGCGGGGUUGGGUGGUAGUGCGUUGGGGAGGACGCUGGGGGGGAGUAGUGGAUUUGCUUCUACGCAGGGGACGCAGCAGGGGAAUAAACCGCAGGAGAGGAAGGGGGUUGGGUUUGUUCCGUUGGUGGAGGGGGUGGUGGAAAGGAGGGUUAGGGAGGAGGCGGGGAGGUGGUUGAAGGGAGUGGAAAGGGGUAGGGGUAGAGGGAGAGGGUUGGGGUGGGAGGGGGAUUUGGUGUUUUAG